AUGAAGCUGCUCGCAGCACAUCGACUGCACUCCUUCAAGCGCAGCCCGCUUGAAUGCCUACAUGCAACGUUCCCCGCUGUGCGAACGAGCGGGCGUUUUAGCAAUGCAGCGGGUGCAGAUGCUCGCCGUACGUCGGUACUCCCUCGUGCGCCGCUGCCUCCGACAGUGGUGCCACAUAUUUCGGAUCCCCUCCGCUGCCGCGCACACCCACACUUGAAACGGCUUGCGGUCGUCCCCGGCGUUCACUUCAAAGUUGAUUCUGAGGAUGACCCGCACCCUCUUCGAGUCACUGCCACAGGGGCGAUCGGCGUUGCACUGAUUGAUUAUCGCUGUGAGCUGCUCUCGGAUCUCGUCCCAGUACUCGCGGCGGUCCUCUAG